GGGCCAUGCGCAUUUUGCUUUUAUAUACAUCGUACCUCAUGCCCUGGUUCACUACUACACCGUCGGAGAAUAUUGCGUCUGGUCGUGACAUAGGUAUACACUUCAUCGUUCGGUGUCGGGGUGAAGAGAUCAUACUACUGGCCGCCCACUAAAACCAUGGCCAACGCUACGGAAGCCAUCGAUCGCACCGUCAUGCCGAUGGGAAACAUCAACCCGGAUGUUCCUCCGCUGACAGAGAAGAGCAAUGUGUUCAACACUCCCACGCAACAACAUGGCGAGGUCGAAGAGCUAUCGUCGCCUUCGGGGUCAGAGGGAGGCAACGAAAAGGAAAACAUCCACAAGUCUACUGCUGUCGCUGAGAUGGACGAGAUCGAUCUCGAGAAGCCAGGCAAGGAGCAUACCGACACUGACCCAUUCACACCAUUCGACGAUUUACCCGAAGAGUGUCACUACAUUGUCACAAUACGCGCCAUGGUCAUCGGUGUGAUCUGCGGUGCUCUCGUCAAUGCCUCCAAUGUCUAUCUGGGUCUCAAGACAGGUUGGACGUUUGGUGCCUCCUUAUUCGGUGCCAUUAUCGGAUUCGCCGUACUGAAGCCUCUGGGUCGCAAGCUGCCCGAGAGCUUUCCCAUCCUGGGAGGAGACUUUGGCCCGCGUGAGAACAACAUCGUCCAGACAGCCGCCACUGCUGCCGGAGGCAUGAGCAGUGUCUUCAUCUCUGGUGUACCUGCACUCUACCAGCUCGGACUUCUGACCACGCCACGCGAAGAUUUCCCACGAUUGAUCACUCUCACUCUGGUCGGUGGCUACUUUGGAUUCUUCAUGGCUACGCCGCUGCGCAAAUUCUUCAUCAUUUACGUCGCACGAGAACUGAAGCUCAUCUUUCCGACGCCUUCUGCCACUGCCAUGACCAUCCGUGCGAUGCACAUGGCUGCCACUGGCGAGUCGAUCGCCAAGAUGAAGAUGAGAGCACUCUCAUGGGCCUUCUCGAUUGCGGUCGUGUUGCGUGUAGUAUCGCAGUACGCCACUGGUAUCUUGUGGGACUGGCACAUUUUCACCUGGUUCUUCAUUUGGGGCAACUACAACAAUGCAGCCAUCAACGUAGAGAACUGGGGCUGGCUGAUCGAAUGGACUCCCGCGUUCAUCGGCGCUGGAAUGCUUGUCGGCUUGAACACUGCCAUUUCCUUUUACGCAGGAUCCAUCCUCGCAUGGGGAAUCAUAGGUCCUACUCUGGUCCACUACAACGUGGCCUUUGGUCUGCCCGCGGGUGGGGACGACCCCAAGUGGGAACAGUACAUCUCGUUUGCCUCUCUCGGUGCAGCGGCUUCGACCAAAGACACCCCGUCUCCGCGUUUCUGGUUGCUCUGGCCCGGUGUGCUGCUCAUGAUUGUCGUCUCCUUUGUCGAGCUGGGACUGCAGUACAAAGUCUUCUUCCACGUGGUCAAGGCCAUUCACCGUGGAACCUGCUCAGGCAUCAACAGCGUGCGCAAGGCCCUAGGCCGUGGCUCGAGCCCAUAUCUGGAAUCAAAAGGAGCACAGAAUGACUCGGACCUCGUAGCCGAUUUCGCCAAGGACGACGAGCUGGUGAAGUGGUGGAUGUGGUUUCCCGCCAUGGUGGUUGUCAUCAUCUUGGCUUGCGUCGUCAUGGGCGUGCAAUUCGAUAUGCCAGUCGGCAUGUCUCUGCUCUCCAUCUUCCUGGCCUUUUUCUUCUCUCUCCUGGCAGUACAAUGCAGUGGUGUCACCGACAUCACGCCCUUGACCGCAGCAUCCAAAGCUUCCCAGAUUGUCCUCGGAGGCGCCACCAAGGGCGAGCACUGGCAGACCGAACACGCUCAACGCCUCAACCUGCUCGGAGGAUCUCUCGCAUCCAUCGGAGCCGACCAAGCCUCCUCUCUCGUCGGCGACUUCCGAGUCGGCUACCUCCUCAAGACCUCUCCCAAACAGCAAUGGGUCGCACAAGCUCUCGGCACCAUCGUCGCCGUCUUCCUAGCUCCCGCGCUCUUCAUGCUCUUCGUCAAGGCAUACCCUUGCAUCAUCGACAUCUCAGCCGAAACCUGCCCCUUUAGCGCUCCCUCCGUCUCUGCCUGGAGAGCCGUGGCCGUGGCUAUGACUGACCCGACUUUCCCCGUUCCCACCAGCAGUGGUAUUUUCGCUAUUGUAUUUUCCUGCUUCGGCGCAGCCAUGAUUGUCGUCCGCCACUACGCUUACACCGGCUCAUGGGAGAAAUACCGCGUCUAUCACCCUAAUAUGAUGUGUAUCGGACUCUCCUUUGUCCUUCCUCAAACCUACUAUGGUCUCGCAAUGAUCAUCGGCGCUCUCCCCUGCUACUUCUGGGCCAAACGCAAUCCCCAAAGUUUCGACAUUUACGGCUUCGCCAUCGCAGCCGGACUCAUUGCCGGAGAAGGAAUUGGAGGAGUCAUCAAUGCGGUAUUUCAAGUUGCGGGGAUUUCCGGACCGAGUCCUUAUGGGACGAAUAUUGCUUGUCCUGCUGAUGCUUGUUGAGAAGGUUAGGAUUACUUUUUUGGGGAGGGAGGGGAUUUGUGUUUUUUUUUUUGUUUUUCGUUUUUAGAGGGG